AUGGCAAAUGUCUAUCAAAUUGAAAAUCUUUUACAAUGUUCAAUCUGUCUCGACCGAUUUCAAACACCAAAAGUACUUUCUUGUCAGCAUACAUUUUGUUUAAUAUGUUUACAAAGAACAUUUAAUACACAAACUCGGACGUUGACAUGUCCAACAUGUCGCAAAGUGACGCUUUUAAAGCAAGGACCCGACGAAUUGGCUAAUAAUUUAUUACUAAUCAAUUUAAUGGAUGUACAACCUGUAAAAGCAAAAUGUCCGUCUUGCCAGAAAGUGGAAAAACUAACUGUUUGUGAACAUUGUAAUUGUACAAAAUGCACUGAUUGUAAUGAAAAACAUAUAAACGAUAUACGACAAUCGACUAAAGCCAAGCUUGAUGAGUUAAAAAAUACAAAUCAAAAUGAUUUAAAAGUAUCGAUUAAUAAUUCUUUUAAAAAUGUCAAAACUCAAAUAUGCAAUGAAUUACAACGUAUUCGACAACAACAUGAUUCCAUUCUGCUAACUAAACAAAUGGAUAUCUUGAAACAACUUGAUGCUCAUGAACAAACUUUAUUGGCACAUGUUGAAAAUGAUCUUCAAUCUAUCGUACAAUCCAAACUUGAAUUAAUUGGAAUCAAUUACCAUCUCGAAAGUAAAAGUGAACCGGAAUUAUUGAAUUUAUUAGCGAAAUUAUCGGAUGUUGAUUCUCGGCUAGUCGACAAACUUACUGAACAUCAAGCAUAUAUAAAUUCUAUCGAAAUAUCUUUACAAUAUGAUCCAGACCGACUUGAUCAAAUUAAUCAAAUGUGUCAUAAUAUUCAAUUAAAUAUUACACAUACAAAUGAUGACAAAUCUAAUCAACAAACUAAAUUAUCUUUUUCAUCUGAAGAAAUCAACUUAACUUUAAGAACAUUUCUAAAUCAAGAAUAUAAAUGUCGAAUAUCAUUAGAUAAUACAAUAUACGAGUUAAAACAAAUAUUUGGUAAACAACAAAAUCUUGAUCCGAAUAAUAUAACGUUAACAAAGACUGGUAAUUAUUUUGACCAACUCGAAGAUAAUCGAACAUUAAAAUCUUAUGAUUGUGAUCAAACGACUGUUCUGAUGAUUUGUAUUCGAAAAUAA